AUGAAGGACCCAUAUACGGUUUUGGGAGUUGAUAGAAAGGCUUCUGCAAAAGAUAUCAAGAAAAAGUACUACGAGUUGGCCAAGAAAUAUCACCCAGAUGUAAAUAAGGAAGAUGGUGCUGAUAAGAAGUUCCAAGAUAUUCAAUCUUCAUACGAAAUAUUAUCUGAUGAUUCGAAAAGGAAGCAGUACGAUCAAUUUGGCGCUGCUGCUUUUGAGCAGGGUGCCGGACCGGGUGGACCAGGCCAAGGAGGUGGGUUUGGUGGUUCCGACGGACCGUUUAAUCCAUUCGGCAAUUUCUCUGGAUUCCAGGGAUUCAAUUUCGGAGGUGCUAGCAGUGGUCAGGGUCAGACAUUUAAUUUUGAGGAUCUGUUUGGCUUUGGCGAUAUGGGUGGUAAUGGUGGCCGUAGAGGAGGCAGAGGAUCUGGAUUUAUGCAUUAUAAAGGAGAUGAUGUAGAGUCAGUGACCCACAUCACACUGGAGGAGGCUGGUGCAGGUAAAGCACAGAAUAUUGAAUAUAGCACGUUAGAUCAGUGUGGAACAUGUAAAGGUAGUGGGUUGAAAGCUGGCAAGAAGAAGGAUACUUGUCCAAGCUGUGGAGGUACUGGAUCAACUAUUCACCUAAUGCAAGGUGGAUUCCAAAUGGCAUCUACUUGUGGUGUCUGUGAAGGUACCGGUGUUAUCAUCCCCCGUGGAUCACAAUGUGGCACAUGUCAUGCCAAGGGUGUCGUCAAGAAGGAUAAGUCGACUAUCGUAGACAUUCCAGCUGGUAUUGAAGAUGGAAUGAGAUUAAAGCUUUCUGGUGAAGGAGAUGCACCUCCCGUGCUCAACGCAAGCAAUGUUCGUAUAAGUAAGGGUGACUUAUAUGUUCGAGUCAGAGUUAAACCACACGAGCUUUUCAAAAGAGAGCACUCGAACUUGUUCUAUAGAGCAUCAAUUCCCAUGACUACUGCUGCCCUAGGAGGUAAAAUCGAGAUUCCAACUCUCCAGGGAUCCAAGAUCAAGCUUAAUAUCCCUUCUGCUACCCAACCAGGUACUGUGGUCACCAUCAACGACCAAGGUAUGCCAGUUCUUAACAGAAAAGGUGCUCGCGGUGAUUUGAAAGUCACAUUCGAUGUCAAGACGCCGCGACCAGAGACUGCUACCCAGACUGCCUUGUUAGAAGCCUUAGCAGAUGCGUUCAAUGAUACACAUGCCAAGAGAAUAACCCCAUCAUGGAAACCGGACCCAAGUGAUGCUGCUGCCAAUGCCAGUAAAGACUCCAAUGGCACAACUGCCGAUAGCAAAUCGUCGUCUUCCGAGAAGGGAUUCCUGAAAAACUUAUUUAACAAGAUCACUCAUCAUGAUAAUGGUGAAAGUCACACGUCCAAGUCAAACUCAGCAGCUGAAAACAGUGACAAAGACGAGAGUGACAAAGACCCUAAAAAGAAGUAA